AUGUUCACUUCUGCCAAGCUCCAUAAUCUUGAAAUUUCAACUUCAGACCAUGCUCCGAUUCUUAUGGUCAUGGUUCCUACUGUUGGCCACAAUUUUGUUAAGCGGUUUUGGUUUGAAAAUGCGUGGUUGAGGGCAUCUCUUUAUUAUCAGAUUGUUAAAGAUAGUUGGGAGAUUUGUGGGGCUGAUGACGUGAUGUAUAAAGUUCAGUUUUUUGGAGAAAAGUUGGCCGAUUGGGGUUUCUCUAGUUUGUUGCGUAGUUAUGAACAAAGUGGUUUACUCACGGGAUGUAAAAUUGCUCGAGGUGCGCCGGUAAUCUCUCAUAUGCUCUUUGUUGAUGCUAGCUAUAUUUAUUGUAAGGCCACUGAGGAGGAAGCGUACAAUGUGAAGGAGCUGUUGCGUACUUAUGAGAUGAAAAUGGCUACUACCUGGGUCUUCCUUGUUCGGUUGGGAGGAAUAAGAAUGCUAUCCUUGGCUUUCUUAAGGAUAGGCUUCAGAAGAGAAUUCAAGGUUGGGAAAGGGCGUAUUUUGUCUCGUGCAGGAAAUGAGGUAUUACUGAAAUCUAUUGCUCACGCAUUGCCGAAUUAUGCUAUGAAUGUAUUUCUCUUGCCUUUAGACACUUGGAAACAAUAUUGGCGAUUGUUGGUUAAUGAUGACUCUUUGGUUAGUAGGCUCUAUAAGGCAAAAUAUUAUGCUCAUGGCAACUUGUUUUCUGCUGAAUUGGGAGAUAAUCCUAGUUUCAUCUGGCGAAGUAUUCUUGAAGAUAAAGAUCUAGUACAUUCCUGUGCUCAAAGAACAGUUGCUAAUGGAGAAAAUGUAUCCAUUCUUGUAGAUCCUUGGCUUCCACAUAGUUCUAACAACUAUGUCGUUACAAGGCACCCUGCUCUUGUGAACAAAUCGGUCAGUUGCCUCUUUCAAGUUGACACUCGCACUUGGGAUGAGGAUAUUGUGAGGACUUUUUUGUUUCACGUGAUCAGGACCUCAUUUUGUCCAUUCAUCUUAGUGAUUCAGCCGUAA